AUGUUCAUUCGUCCGAGUUUUCUGCUUGUCUUUCUCACACGGCUUGCAACUGCUUGCUUGGAUCAUGAAGAUCUAGUGAAAAGCCACAUCCAAACGUCAGGAGUUUUUAUUCUCUAUUAUGUUAAGCGUAAAACCUAAAGAGCUGAAAAACUUCAGGAAAAUUAACAAAACUGCGGAUCCCUGUACGGAUUUCUACGCUCAUGUGUGUCCCUCGAACCUGCCUUUGAAUCAAACAGUUGGUGAACGGCUUCGGCAACUUUAUCUGCAAGAAGCAGCAAAGUUUCAUACGAAACACGACGAAUUUACGGUUGGGAAGAAAAGGCUUCCGGUAGGAUAACAUAUUUCAGAAACAAAUCUAUACCUAUGUCCACAAUUUUCGCAAAGUUGUCAAUGAUCUCAUUGAAGUGUAAGUUUAAAAGAUUUUGAUUGAAAUACAAGCUCAAAUAAACUUGAAGGAAUCAUCAAUCAAUCAUCAUCAAUCAAUAUUUAUUGUUUGUUUUAGUCAGAUGGAAUCGACUAGGCGGUGAAAAAAUUGCUCUUUUGAGCGGCACUAACACCGCCUUUGGCGAGAAAGAAGUCAAAACGUGUAGUCGAUUGAAUUGAAAGCAUGAUCUUACGGUCCUUCGCCUCGUUCUUCCACAAGUAGAUCCCUCAGUUUCGCGGGUACGGGCACGGCGGUGAUGGUAGGGCUCGGGCACGGACGCCGUGUACACUCUAGGGUAGCCUCGGCCGAUUGAGAGAGCUACCACUUCGAGGGGGGAAUUGAGAAAGCUACCACUUGGAGAAGGUUUUAAUAAUUUCUUGAAUUUUUUCAAUUGCAGAUGCGAGAUUACUGGCGAUAACAAAAGCCUAGCGAUUGACUUUGUUAAUCAAACGACCAGAAUAGCAUUCAAUGAAAGUUCCAGCUGUGAAGCCAUCGGCUAUACUUUCGGUCUUUCAGCGUUCAUGCUAGACCCGUAUGAAUUGGUAAAGAAACCUUUUUUACGCUUCAAAAACUAUGUUUCAGUAUGGCUUGCUUCUGGAUAUAUGUUUUUUUGGCCCACGUGAACUUGAGUUUUCGAAAUCGGAUCUGGGUCAUUUGUUGAAUAAAAAUGAAGAAAAGUUUAUGAACAGCUUCAAAGACGAAGUUCGCAAAAAGUUCUUGGUGAAUCAGUUGUUCCUUAAUUUCCUUCCACCUCGAUUUCAGGAAACUCCGUGGUUGAAAAACAAGAAUGGAACUGAAGUUUACUUGGAGUUCCUUGAAAACGAUUUCUCCUUAUUCAAAAAGACAGAAAACAUUAUUCAUUCUUGGGAAAAGAUUUUCGACGACUUGGAAAACUAUUCAAAAAGUUGCAAGUAAAAUACUUUUGUGGAAUUCAUGUUAAAAGCCAUUUUACAGACCAAACAACACUAUUUCUUCUUUCGUUUGCGCAAUCGAAAAAUUGAUAGCGCUCGUGAGAAAAAAAGCUAGACCGUCAUUUGAGUUUACCAUGUUUGAGCCAUCCCUUAACGCUGGGAACCUCGUUAGUUAUUGAAUAAUGAUAUAUCGUGAGAUGUUUUUUUUUUCAAUUUUUUUCAAACUUCUGAUUCAUUUCUGAAGAAGCGAUUGUUUUUUCAGCUCAAAACGGUUGUUUCAAACCAUUAAGUCAUUUUUGCUUACAGGAAAAUGAAAUAAAGAUAAAUCGUGCAACUCAACUCCUAACUCUAACGGAUAACAUGGCGCGACUGGUGUGUUGAGCUUAGAUUGUAGUACAAAGCCGCCGAUUCCAAGAGCGCCCUUCAAACUGAGCGUUGGUUCGCAAUUCACCGUCGCGUGUACGCAGAUACGCCGCUUCCUUCAAUGUUUAAUAGUUUAACGCUGCUGUUUUUUUCAUUUUUCUGUUUUUUUCGCUUUACGAUCAGUAUUUAUAGGAUGUGUAACGGCCAAUCCGCGCCUGAUUGUCACGGUUUUCGUUUCCAUCAGAGCUAGAGAAUGAUUUUGUCCGUUCGCAGCGCGCGGGGUGUUUUUUUUUUGACUGCGUCUUUUAUUUGGCCUGAAUUUUCCGUUAUAUUAAAAACGCAGGUACUACACAGUCCAUAAAAAUUAUGAGAAAAAAAGCGCUUUAAGGAAAUUUCAAAACAACGGCGCAAAAAGGAGCGGCGUCUCCGUACACGUCGCAAACACGCGACGGCGCGUUGCGGACUGGCGUACUCGGUAUCAUCGGCGUUGCUCUACACUCGUUGUUUCAAAAAAAAAAAAAAUUAUCUGUUUUAGUACGGAAGCUAUGGUUUCAUUGUUGGCCAUGAAGUUAUGCACAGCUUCUAUUCGUCGGGAAAAGAUGACAAUCGUCUGAAAGAUUACUGGACUGACUCGUCGCAGUGUGUCGGUGAACAGUAUACCGCAACUUGCAAUGAGUUCGGAAAUGUUUUCCUAUUCGUAGUUUUUUUGCAUCUCUUCUUUUGUCCUAGGAAGAUUGCCUCCCCGCGGGAACGGAUAAAACGAACGAGGAAGAUGGGAGUGAUUUGGCGUCGAUUCGAGUAGUUUACUCGGAUUUCCAAAAAAAUUACCUCCAUAAUGAGGUUAUCAUAAACUUUAUUUUUUUAAUUUAGAAAAAAAAAAUCAAGUUUUCUGUCCCUCGCCCUCUGCUCGAAUCAUUCAUUUCAGAAAAGUGAUAUUGAUGGUAUAACUUCGGAACAGAUGUUCUUCUAUGCCUUUGCUUCCAUGUGGUGUACUCCUGUUAGUCGCAGUUUUUGAGAGGCUCGAAUCAUUUGUAUCUUUACAGAGAAUGUUUGCUUUUGGAAAUCCAGUCGAUGUCCACUCUGGUCCCUACAUAAGGGUGAAUGCUUUGUUGGCUCAAAUGGACGAGUUCAAAGAAGCUUUCCAGUGCGCCGAAAACUCACGGAUGGUUAAAAGCAAGGUGAUUACCAAACUCAUAAAAAUUUCUAGAUAAUACAUCCGAAACUUUUUCAGGUUGAACACUGCUCAAUUUUUCGGUCCGGAUGCGCCGCAAACCAGAAAGAAUAA